CGUCCGGCUCCAGGUUGGGAUUCAGCUGUCCUCGCCGGGCAGAACCUUCAAAGAAAGAUAGAAAUGGCUUCCAAGAGGGCGCUGGUCAUCCUGGCCAAAGGAGCCGAGGAGAUGGAGACUGUUAUUCCCGUGGAUGUGAUGAGGCGCGCUGGAAUUAAGGUCACAGUUGCAGGUCUGGCUGGAAAAGACCCCGUGCAAUGCAGCCGGGAUGUCCUCAUCUGCCCCGAUGCCAGUCUGGAGGAGGCGAAGAAAGAGGGACCUUAUGACGUGGUGGUUCUGCCUGGAGGAACUGGUGCACAGAACUUAUGUGAGGUAAAUGCUCGGCAAACAGUGCGGGAGGUCCUAAAGGAGCAGGAGCAGAGGAAAGGCCUCAUCGCUGCCAUCUGCGCAGGUCCCACGGCCUUGCUGGCUCAUGAAAUAGGCUUCGGGAGCAAAGUCACCACUCACCCAGGGGCUAAGGACAAAAUGAUGAAUGGAAAUCACUACAGCUACACGGAGAGUCGCGUGGAGAAGGACGGGCAAAUCCUUACCAGCCGCGGACCAGGCACCAGCUUUCGAGUUCGCGCUCCGCCAUCGUCGAGGCCCCUGAGCGGCAAAGGCCGUGGGCCGACCAGGUGAA